AUGUGGCUUGUAAUUCCUUUUAUCUCUCUUCCUUGCUGAAUGUGUUCCAAUGCUUUGUAGCGCUAUAGCAAUAGUGUCUUUUGCUGGUCUUCUCUCUCCUGUUUCUUUGUGUGAUGCUGAAAGCACUGAGCCCCUGUGUAUCCUGACCCUUUCUAGCCAGAGCUCCUUUCAGGUAUUUUCAGCUGAUGUAAUUCCUAGCCUUUUUCCUCCCUUCACAUCGCCAGCGUGUGGAGGAGCUGAUGUUAUUUCCUUCUCUCCUCCUGCAGCAACUGGAAGCCACGUAUUGUGUCUUCUGUUUCUGCACAUUUUUCUGCCUUUCGAACCUUGUUGCAUUCCUCCCUUCCUCUCCACUGGUCUCUCUAAAUACACAGGGCAAAAUCUGCUCUAACACAGGGAAGAGCAGCAUUUCCUGGCCUCCCUGUAUCCUGCCUCCACAGGGACUCUGGUGCUCCGAGGUAUCUCAGAGGAAGGCUGUUUGUGGCGUGCUCAUGGAGAGUCAUCGUUUCUCCACAGUGCCUUUGGUACCACCCUUGUAGCCCUGCUCAUGUUUGGGGCUUUGGUUUAGGCACCGUGGACCAGCAUCAGAAAGGGUCAGGCUGCAUACACCCAUUUCCUCCAGCAAUUACUGGUUUCUUCAGCAUAAUUGGGCUCUCUUGCUCCUCCACCAUUCAGUCUCUGUGUGCUCUGGUGUUCUCAUUACCUCUGUGUACCUCCGGAUUAGCAUUCUCUCUCUUUUGAAGGCAAGCUUGUGCCACUCUGGCACUUGUGAUGUUCUUCCCUUGUUUCUUUUGAUGAUGGAUGUUAAGCUAUGCUUUUCCUUGUUGUUUGAGAUUUUUGUCCUCUACUACUUGCCUGCUGUUGUUUUAAAAACCUGUUCUGCCUGCUUCUCCUGGCUUUCUAGUACGUGGGAUGGAGAAGUCUUGGCUCCUCUGGGCUGGGCUUCUUCUGUUUGAUCCUUAGCUAAGUGCAGAGUGAAAUGAAUUGUUGGGGUGCUGUGGGAAAGGCUGCUGUGGGGAGGCUGUUUAGCUUGAGCCUAUGUCUUCUGUCAUUGGAUCUGUUCUGUGACCUGUCUGUGUCAUGUUGACCUUGAAUGUUUUCCACAGCAUGCAAUGCUCUGCAGGUGCUGUAAAUUCCUUCUGUUCAACCAUUUCAUUCCAGCAAGCUGCUUAUCAGGCACUCUUUUGAAAACUGUGUUCAUAUUUCAUACACACAAUUAUUCAGCAACUAUAAAAGGAGAAAAUUCCUAUUUAUAGCACAAGGACCAGCAUCAAAUAGGACACUGAAUUCUCACUGAUAGAGGAAGUGACCUGUUCUCUAAUGCAGCAAUAUUUCUGCUGAAAAGAAACAGCAUCUUGGAUGGGGGGGAGGGUUGAAAAGCCCUGGACCAUCUCUUUCCAUUAAAAAUGUGCUGCAGUCCUAAAAAUACAGUAUCUGCCCUUCUCCCUUGCCGAUGAAGCCAUCUGCAACAGAGAUUGCAGAAAAACCUUUCACUGUGGAUUUGUGGUUAGUAGUAAUGAGUCCACCGACUCCUGGUGGUCUGGUUUGGAGCCUGGUCUUAAGUUUCCAAUCAAUAUCUGAUCUCUGACCUUGACCUGGGAGCGAGGAGAAGUCACUGCAAAGACUGCCUGCUGCGGGCAAGGAGCACAAAUCCCUUGUCUGUAGACUUUGUACACACUCAUGUGUGCAGCCCUGAAACAGAACGAGCACGUGGGGCUGAGGAACAAAGAACUGGCUGAGAGCGAUGAAUGGAGGGGGUGGAAAGGUGGGAAGAGCGCUGGGGGGUAACUGCUGUGAGGUAAGUGAGUGCCUGUUUUGUCUGAGCCUGCUUCCCAUGACUGCCUCUGCUCUCCCUUCCAGGUACGUUGAGCCACGGCUUCUCCCAAGGCCAUCACCGACCUUUGCCUGCUGCUGUUCCCUGUUGUCACCCUGUCCUUCUCAGGGUGUCCGAGCUCUUUAGGAAGAGCUGCAGUGGGUGAUACCAAGCGAGACCCUGGGAGGUGGAGGAACAGCGGAUGGGAUUCCCUCUCCUGUCGCUGUGGCAACCGUUGGGAAGGGAAGCAGCAGUGGGGUGUGAUGGGCGGCUGCAUGCCUGUGGAGGGGUGUGAUGGGGAGGCUGCGGAGGCAGGGCUGCGCUGACAUCACCCGGGGAGGUGGCGCAGAGGGAAGGGGAGUGGGGAAGAGAGAGCCAGGGAGACUGCGGAGGGGAGAGCGCUGCAUCAGGAGUGGGCUCCGGGGAGAGCGGGGCGGUGGGACGCUGCGCCCGGAGCUGCCCCUCGUCCUACGGAACGACCCUCGCCUGGCGCCGCCGCCACACCCGGACUCCCACCGCCGGCGGACACCGCCGCCCGGCCGCCGCCAUGGGCUCUGAGCGGGACUCUGAGUCGCCGCGCUCCUCCUCCAUCCACUCGGCCGCCGCCAAGUGCCCGAAGCCCGGCCGCCGCCGCCGCCUCUCCUUCCAGAGCGUCUUCUCCGCCGCCGCCGCCUCUGCCGCCGGCGGCCGCCGCCGCACCAAGGCCGAGCCGCCCCCCGCCGCCCCGCCGCCGCCCCCCGCUGCCCCGCCGGCCCCACCGCCGCCGCCGCCCCCGCCGCCGCCCCCCGAGGAAGCCCCGGUGGUCCCGGAGGGCGGCGGCGAAGAGGAGCUGGAGUGCCCGCUGUGCCUGGUGCGGCAGCCGGCGGAGAACGCCCCGCGGCUGCUGUCGUGCCCGCACCGGUCGUGCGGGGCCUGCCUGCGGCAGUACCUGCGCAUCGAGAUCACCGAGUCCCGCGUCAACAUCUGCUGCCCCGAGUGCAGCGAGCGCCUCAACCCCGCCGACAUCCGCCGCCUGCUCCGCGACUCCCCGCACCUGGUGGCCAAGUACGAGGAGUUCAUGCUGCGCCGCUGCCUGGCCGCCGACCCCGACUGCCGCUGGUGCCCGGCCCCCGACUGCGGUUAUGCGGUUAUUGCCUAUGGCUGCGCCAGCUGCCCCAAGCUGACCUGCGAGAGGGACGGCUGCCAGACGGAGUUCUGCUAUCACUGCAAGCAGAUAUGGCAUCCCAACCAAACCUGUGACAUGGCCCGCCAGCAAAGAGCGCAGACGCUCCGAGUACGGACCAAGCACACGUCGGGUCUCAGUUACGGACAAGAAUCUGGGCCGGCCGAUGACAUCAAGCCGUGUCCGCGCUGCAGCGCUUACAUCAUCAAGAUGAACGACGGGAGCUGUAACCACAUGACCUGCGCGGUGUGUGGCUGCGAGUUCUGCUGGCUGUGCAUGAAGGAGAUCUCAGAUCUGCAUUACCUCAGCCCCUCGGGCUGUACAUUCUGGGGCAAAAAGCCAUGGAGUCGUAAAAAGAAGAUUCUCUGGCAGCUGGGCACGUUGAUUGGUGCUCCUGUAGGCAUUUCCCUCAUCGCUGGCAUUGCCAUUCCUGCUAUGGUCAUCGGCAUCCCUGUGUAUGUUGGGAGGAAGAUCCACAGCAGGUAUGAGGGAAAGAAAACCUCUAAGCACAAGAGGAACUUGGCCAUUACUGGUGGGGUCACCUUGUCUGUCAUUGCCUCUCCCGUCAUCGCUGCUGUCAGUGUUGGUAUUGGCGUCCCCAUCAUGCUGGCUUACGUCUACGGCGUGGUGCCAAUCUCACUGUGCCGAGGCGGUGGCUGUGGAGUCAGCACUGCCAACGGCAAAGGUGUGAAAAUCGAGUUUGAUGAAGAUGAUGGACCCAUCACAGUGGCUGAUGCCUGGCGAGCCCUGAAGAACCCCAGCAUCGGCGAAAGCAGCAUUGAGGGGCUCACCAGCGUGCUGAGCACCAGCGGCAGCCCCACUGAUGGGCUCAGCGUGAUGCAGGGCAACUACAGCGAGACGGCCAGCUUCGCCGCCCUCUCGGGUGGCACCCUGAGCGGUGGUGUCCUCUCGGGAGGCAAGGGGAAGUACAGCAGGCUGGAAGUUCAGGCAGAUGUCCAGAAGGAGAUUUUCCCCAAAGACUCGGUCAGCUUGGGGGCUAUCAGUGACAACGCCAGCACUCGAGCCAUGGCUGGUUCUAUCAUCAGCUCCUACAACCCCCAGGACAGGGAGUGCAAUAACAUGGAGAUUCAGGUGGACAUUGAAGCCAAACCAAGUCACUACCAGCUGGCCAGUGGCAGCAGUACAGAGGACUCUCUGCAUGUCCAUACCCAAAUGGCAGAGAAUGAGGAGGAGGAGGACGAGGACGAGGAGGAAGAGGAUGGUGGGCAGGAGCAGAUGUGCAAACACCAAAGCUGUGAGCAAAAGGACUGCAUUGCCAGCAAAACCUGGGACAUCACCCUGGCCCAGCCUGAGAGCAUACGGAGUGACCUGGAGAGCUCCGACAGUCAGUCGGACGACGUGCCAGACAUUACCUCGGAUGAAUGCGACUCCCCCCACUCUCAGACUGCAGCAGCCUGCCCACAGACCCCCAAAGCUAGAGGUGCCGAGAGCCCAAGUGCCCACCUGAGCCACUGUGCCCAAGCCGAGGGCUGCAGGCUGGAUGAAAUAGUCAAACUGGAGUGCAUCGAAGCCAGAGUAUGAGUUGGCCCUCUCCUGCUGAAGAGCACACUCACCGUCAUUGCAUCUUUCGGGGCUGAGUUGUGUCCGUGUUGGCUUCUGUUUGCGAUUCUCCAGCUGGCUCCCCAGCCUCGCCUCGGGGAGUUACUGUUUCUUACAUGACGAAAAAGGAAAGAAAAAAAAAAUCCCCUGCCCUCUUUUUGUUUUAAUUUAUUGGUUCAAGCUCUGUGAGGUGUGUAAGAGUGUAAAUAUGUACGUGUGUCUGUACGUCUGCAAAAACAUCCUAAGGGACUAUUUGAAUAAAGACUCUGGUUGUCAUUCGA